AUGAGUUCAGAUGGUUAUUCAGACAUAAACUUUUCCGGUAACAUAAUAAAGAAUAAAAAGUCUCUACUUUAUGUUCAAGAUAGCACAUCAUUAGUAUUUGGUCUUGGAGCGGGUAUCAUUCAAUUGGAAUCGUUAAAUGGGUUUGGAUUUUUCCUCAUUUGUUACUUCAGUGUCUCGUUUCUGUAUAGUACUUGGAUCUGUCAAUCUAAUCCAUCCAAAUACUAUUUGAAUCCGCUAUAUGAAAUAUAUUUUGAAUCUCUGUUUAGAGAGUUGACAGGAUAUGUAAUGGCUUGGACAUUUUCAUAUGCUAUUGUUGGGUAA